GCUACAUCAAGUCCCACCACCAGGUUCCCACCUCAGUCACUCACCAGACGUCCAGGUGACUACACGCGCACUCCACCUCCUACCUCCUCUCGCUAAAUAUAAAUCAAAGCAGGAUGACCCGGGAAGAUGACAUGAAGGCAGCAGCCAAAGCGGCGGCUCGUGAAGCGGAAACACCCAUGGAGAAGCUACAGUCUCUCUUGCUGGCACGCGGCUACAGCGGCAUUAUGCGCUUCGGCAGGAUGUUCCGUAUCGCUGAUGAAGACGGGAGCCGGACGCUGAACCAAGACGAGCUGUGUGAGGCCGUUCACAACUUCGGACUUCGCCUUUCAGACGAGGAGGUGGGCGAGAUCUUCUCUGCCAUGGACGAGGAUGGCACUGGCUCCAUCAAUUAUGAGGAGUUCCUCGAUAAGCUCAGGCCUGAGAUGACGGAAGAACGUAAGGCUGUGGUGGAGGAAGCCUACGGCGUGCUAGACGAAUCUGGUGACGGCGAAGUCACCCUUGAGGACCUCAAGGGAAAAUACGAUGCCUCAGGACACCCCAGCGUCGUGUCUGGAGAAGCCACAGAGGAGGACAUCCUCCUUAAGUUUCUGGGCCGGUUCGAGGGAAAUACCAAGGAAGAUGGGAAGCUUACCAAAGAAGAGUUCCUCGACUACUACUCCGGUAUCAGUAAGUCCAUAGACGAUGACGACUACUUCAUCGAGGUGAUCAAGAAAUCAUGGAAACUGUAAAAAUUGGUGUUAUGGUCCUGAAACGGUGAGCUGCUACCGACACAGCGUAAGAACAGCAGUGGCUUUUUCUGAUGCCUGAGGUCUAUUGGUCAACAGCAGGUCAACAUCGUAUGGCUGCUGAGAGUGUCAGUACCGCGGGGUCUUUAAUGAUCAUUAUCCUAGAGCUUGUGUAACACACUGUCGAGUUCUUUGGAAACAAAAAUUGAGAAAAGAAUCAUGGUUUAUUGAAGAUUUUUGUAAGUGGAAAAAUGAAAUUUCACAGACGAGUAAAGAAUAGUUUAUCAUAUAACAGAAGCUAUGAGAAUUAAAUGGGAGCUAAAUCACCGAAAGUCAUAUAGAGAUCGUGGAAUGCCAGGUGCUGUAAUUUGGUGACCAUUAAUGAUAUUAAUAUUGCGAAAUUCGAAAACAAAUGAGAGGUACAUGAGGAUUCUUGAAACGGUACUGUCAUGCUCAUAAAUUGAGAAGAAAAUUGGAAACUACAAAUUACCUACAAUAGUCAGAAAAUCGUGGCAAACGGUUAUAGAAGGGAAAAAUAGCAAUAGGCUUUUGGAGACAGGGAUGUAAAUGAAUUCCAUAGCUUGAGUUAUUGGAAUGCCUCAUGCAUGUCCCGUAAUCUACUUAACCUUUAUUAAUAAAUCGGAAUGCACGUGGUUGGACAAGCAGCCAUUAUAUGAUUCAUGCACCUCCCAUGCACGCAGUUAUUUAACUCUUCACAAAUAAAUGUUCUGUGUUCACUCGGUACUUAGUAAUGGUGCUUUCUGUAUUUAAAGCCAUAAGACUUCCGUAACCUGGCACAACAGUCAUCCAAACACCGCA